GAUAAAUGAACCAAUCGGAAUUCAGGAAAUUGAAAUUCCCGGGUUUUAAGAAGCAUGAAAAUUUGGCGCGUACUUUAUUUGGAAUUUGUUGCUCGACGUCUAAGACUUAUUUUUUAAUCAACUCCUGCUUUGUAAUUCACCAUGUUUGAGGGAAAGCUUACCCAAGGAAAUCUGCUCAAGAAAAUCAUUGAAGCUAUCAAAGACAUUGUAACAAGUGGGAACUGGGAAUGUUCUACCACAGGGCUGAGUCUACAAGCCAUGGAUAGCAGCCAUGUCUGUCUUGUAUCCCUUCAGCUCAAAUCAGAUGCUUUCGAUCCCUACAGAUGUGACCGCAACAUUACCUUGGGACUGGAAACAAACAUGUUGUCGAAAAUUCUUAAAUGCGCUGGAAAUGAUGAUACCAUAACAAUAUCCUCUGCCGAUAAUGGUGAUACUGUAUCAUUCCUGUUUGAGAGCCCAAAUGGAGAAAAGACAUCUACAUAUACAACAAAACUUAUGGAUAUUGAUAGUGAUAACCUUGGAAUUCCAGAUCAAAAAUAUGAUGCAACAGUGAAGCUCCCAUCACAUGAGUUCCAGCGAAUCAUAAGAGACCUGUCUCAAAUGGGAGAUUCUGUUAUAAUUGCUUGCACAAAGGAUGGAGUCACCUUUUCUGUCAAUGGAGAUUCUGGCAGUGGGAAGAUAACAUUAAGACAAAAUGCCAGUGUUGAUAAGAGUGGAGAACAGAUCUCCAUAGAUUUAAAUGAGCCUGUAGUCCUGACAUUUGCACUCAGAUACAUGAGCUUCUUCACCAAGGCAACACCACUAUCAAGUGAAGUUACAAUGUCCCUCAAGAAAGAAAUUCCUCUUGUCUUGGAAUAUAGCUUUGAGGAUGUGGGCCAAGUCAGGUACUACCUUGCACCAAAGAUUGAUGAAGAAGAAAUGACAGAAUCCUAGAAAAACAUAAAUGCAAGAUACAUAAUCAUGUCACCCAGUCACCUGUAUGAGUUUCUCAAUCUAAAUAAUGCCAAGUGUUUUUGAAGUUCUCACCCUCAUAAAACUCAGGAAGUUUGUAAAUACAUCAACAUGUAUAUUUGUUUGAUUUGCUUCAGUGGUAUUAAAGCAGGAAUAGUUUUUAA